AUGUGAACAAGGGACAUCACCACACACGACACCUCGCAGUUCGUCGCCAACCGCAGUCCAUAGCUUGGCCUCUUCUGCUUGACCACUGCGACAACCACAUCCCACGCCAUCCGUCCGAGGCCCAUAGCACUUAUCCGGCUUCAAUCCUCCCCAAUUUCCCCUCUCUUCCGCCUUGUUGUGGUGAUGUGAAAGCAUCAUCAUGGCCAUUCACUACCUCAUUCUUCUCUCCCGCCAGGGCAAAGUGCGCCUCGCAAAGUGGUUCACCACCCUGUCGCCCAGAGAGAAGGCCAAAAUCGUCAAGGACGUUUCCCAGCUGGUUCUCGCCCGUAGAACUCGCAUGUGCAACUUCCUCGAGUACAAGGACUCCAAGAUUGUUUACCGUCGAUAUGCCUCACUGUUCUUUAUCGCUGGCGCCGCCUCGGACGACAACGAGCUGAUCACCCUUGAAAUCAUCCACCGCUACGUCGAGCAAAUGGACAAGUACUACGGCAACGUGUGCGAGCUGGAUAUCAUCUUCUCUUUCACGAAAGCCUACUACAUCUUGGACGAGCUGUUGUUGGCGGGAGAACUGCAAGAAAGCAGCAAAAAGAACGUGCUGCGAUGUAUAUCCCAGCAGGACUCGCUUGAGGACAUGGAGGUCGAGGACGAAGUUACAAAGAUCAUGUAACCGUCUUCCAGUGUGUACCUACCCACUAGAUUGCAACGCGAUGCCCGAAAACAACGAGUCUCGGACCCAAUCUACAACCAAACAAGCGUUGCACCGGAUGUGCAUGGCAUGGCCUUGGCGAGUCUUUAGCUAAUGGACGCUCCGUCACUUAUGCAGGAAACGGAAGAGAUCACCUCGUCCCUCAAGAAAGUCGGCAUCCUCUGAAGAUGCAACACCGACUGGUGACGAGUGUCGGUCAGGUGCGCGGCAUGCCGGGAGAACAAGAGGAUGAUGGGCGACAAUGACAAAAACGAAGCAUAGCGUCUGUGUGGAUAUGGAUGAAGUGGCCCGGGUGGCCUUUUGUGUGAAUAGAUCUUGGGAGGUGGAAAACCACCCUCUCCUACAUCAAGAGAAGAACAUGAAGCGGUGCGAGUCGCGCAGUCGCAUCCACGAGGCCCGUCGGUCCUGAGUGGUCCCCGUCCAGACAUGGCGCAGAAGCCAGGCACGGGGCCGGAUGGACGACGGCACUCGAGAAGCACUGCGCUCUACGCAAAGCCGUAACAAUUGACUAAUAGACGAACUUGACGACCACAAAAAGGGCCACGCACUUCACUUCCUCACGCUUGCCAGAGACUGUAUGAAGUCAAGUCACGGCACGGACGGUCUACCUGUACCUGACUGACUACGCAUACCAAGCCUGCCCACUCGUGGCCUC